UGCUGGAGUAGCAUUAUUAACUGAUGCGUUUUGAAAAAAAACAUGUUUUCCUAUGACAGGAUCCCUUUAAUUAUACUCUCUUUUCCACAGGCCACAUCAUAUGUACACUUGGCAGCUAUUUAUCAAACUCUAAAAAAUAUACACAAAAAAAUAUUGUAAAAAGUGGUGUUGAAUAAAUGGUAUUUCUAUAAAGGUACUUAUUUUAUGCCACUUUGUUGCUGUAUGUAACACUAAUAUUCAAUGCCAUGACCAAUUCAAUCCAAGAGUAAAAAUUCAAGUUAAUGAUCAACACAUUUUUAAAAGGCCUGAAUUCUACACUGGAAAAAUGUUACAUUGAUACAGGCCUCUAGGUAUAUGGCCAAGUGAGAACAAUUGUACUUUAUCAUCAGGUUUAACAAAGAGAACAGCCUGAAUGGACAUAUACCAAGAAGGAGCAUGCAGCUAUACACAACCACAAAGGUUCAAAGAAAUUCAAAGUGGAGUAGAAAAAAUCAAGCAUGCAGAAAUAUCACUGUAAGAGAAUGUGAUUUGACAUGCCUUCUUGAUUAUACUCAUAAUUACAUAGUAGGGGUCAGAACCAUUUCUGGAUCAUCCAAGUCACAGUGGGAAGAAGUAAAAGACAUAUCAUACAUAUUUACAGUGGAUCCUGAGGUUCCAACAUUACAAGUAAAACUAGUGGAUAAGAGCAUUUAUAUUAAUGCAACGGUAAAGACACCACAUUGCAUCAAAGACGUUUACAAUUUGAAAUACAAUAUUAUAGCAUGGCUGAAUGAUGGACCGAAACAGAUGAUAUUCGGAGAGGUUAAGAUGAACUCUGUCAUCAACCUAAGCACUAUAGGGCUCAAUGGGAACUAUUGUGUUGCAGCAUCAACCGUAUUCAAAUUGGAACAAACCAAAAUCAGCCAACUAUCCAAUUCAUCUUGCCAUUUUGUCAGGGAUAAAGAGCAUAACAGUGACCAGAAUUGGAGUUUUGCUGUUUUGAUUUUUUUCUCAAUACUCAUUUGUGGCAUCUUCGUUUAUUACAUCAAGUAUAGACAUCCUGUCAAAGCACAGACGCCAAUUGCAUUGGAUUUUUCCAAAUUUAGAACUGGCAGAGAACUGUGUACCUUGGAGUCUCUGGAAAUGAUUCCCAAGCAGUGUGACAAGAUUACUGCAGUAGAAAUAAAACAAAAGUGCUCUUCACCCAGCUCUUUGUUUGUAAGUGGUAAGAACAUGAAUAUUGAUGAUUAUGAAUUAAGACAGUUGGGAUACACAGAGAAACAUCCAGUACUAAGAGAAUCUGGAGAAGAUGGAUCUAAACUAAUGGAUCUCAGCAGUGAUAAAUGUUCUACCUCAGGCUUCAGUUGUGAGGAAAGUGAAAGCUCAUCAGGACCAAAUAUUUCUAACCUCUUAACACUUCAUGAUAAGCAGAAAGCUAAUCUGGAUCACAUUCAAGAUAAGGAUGAAGAUAAAAUCAGGAAACCUGAUCCCAAUGAAUUACUGUUAAGUACUGCCAAAUCAGACUUUCCGAACAUCUCCUCAUUAGGGUCAAAGUCUUCCUGCCAGCUCAAUCAAAUCCUUAGCGUGCGCCUUGAGACAUUAAAGAUUGAGGGGAAAAGUAGCCAGGUGGAGGACUCAGAUGGUGAAUCUAGUGACCAGUUCUCUUCAGAAUCUGAGGAUUCAGAGGUUGCAGAAAGUGAAACAACAGAUCAAUUGUGCACUCAUUCAAAUUUGCAAAAGUUAAGAUGCACAGGCUAUGAAAGCAGGGGUUAUAUGUCAAGGUAGUGGUAAAAUUUUGUAUUUGUUAUAAUUAUUCUGAUGAAUAUUUACCUGUAAACCUCUGUGAGGUCCAAGAAAUGUAUGACUGAUACAAGUGUAUAAUGUAUGAUGACUAACUUAGCCUUUCUUGCUGUUAUCCAUCAAUAUAUUCAUUUUCCCUUA